AUGAACGGCUGCAUCAAAUAUGGCGACCUCAACUACGGAGCAUCGCACCAGUUCGCGACGAUAGGGACCAACAACGGCCACGACGGAAUCUCUGGAGCCCCGUUCUUUGAGAACCCUGGAGUGAUUGAGGAUUACGUCUACCGCGCCGUGCAUCUCGAGGCCGAACUCGGAAAGUCUAUUGCCGAGGAAUUCUACGGAAAGAAGCACACCAAGUCGUACUAUCUUGGUUGUUCUACUGGUGGCAGGCAAGGCUUCAAGGAGGCCCAGUCCUUCCCGGAGGACUAUGACGGCAUUGUAGCUGGAGCGCCGGCUUUUGACCUCAUUGCAUUGAUGUACUGGACUGGUCAGCUUUUUAUCAAGACCGGGACCAAUGAGUCUUCCACUUUUCUCGCGCCAGCUGAGUGGGAUCUCGUGUACGCGGACAUUUUGAAGCAGUGUGAUGGCUUGGACGGUCUUGAGGAUGGCCUCUUGGAAGACCCGAACCUGUGCCAGUAUCGUCCUGAAGGACUCAUAUGUGCUGAUGGCACAUCGGAGGGAUGCUUGACUGGCGAACAGGCUGCUACCGUUCGUGCUAUUUUCAGCCCAGUCUACGGUUCGAAUGGAAGGUACAUCUACCCUCGUCUCCAGCCAGGAUCGAAUGCCACCGCCAGACUGCUCAACGGAGAGCCCCAUCAAUACCCAUUGGAUUGGUGGCGGUACGUCGUCUACAACAACACCGAGUGGGAUCUUUCUACGAUGGGUCCGGAAGACUACGAGAUAGCGUCUAAGCAGGAUCCGUGGGGUGUCUCCACCUGGCAAGGCGACCUGUCGGCGGCGAGAGACCAGGGGGUGAAGAUUUUGCAUUACCACGGCCUGCAAGACAACGCGAUCAGCAGCGAUAACUCUGAAAGGUACUACGACUACGUGUCCCGAACGAUGGGGCUUCCUUCGUCAGAGUUGGACGAAUUCUAUCGGUAUUUCAGGAUCUCGGGCAUGGCUCACUGCCGCGACGGGGACGGUGCCAGCAUGAUUGGCGGCAACCCGGAGACUUUGGCGUCGUACGAGCCCGAUUCGAAUGUGCUGGCUGCGAUCGUCAGAUGGGUCGAAGAAGGGGUUGCACCUGACUACAUUCUUGGUAGCCGGCUAACCGAAGCUGGAGAUGUCGAUUUGCAGAGGAGGCAUUGCAAGUACCCAGCUCGGAAUAUUUUCAAGGGCCAGGGCGAUCCUACUCAGGCCGAUAGCUGGGAAUGUGUAUAG